CUCCGAAGGUCUCCCCUAGCUGGGUGCGCUGAGGGCGUCCAAUAUGCCAAUUCUCCUCCUAAAUCUUGUGAUUACAUGUAUAAAUGUCUCUUCUGCGUCUUGGUUCCUCAUCAUCCAGACCCAGUCAACCCAUCCUUUCUUAAGCGCUCCAAUCAUUUCUCAGACCCGCCCUCCGACUCUCCAUUUGCAUUAUGGAACAAUCUUCGAACAAUCACCUGCCGUUUGUGAGCAGUAAACUCGCGCUGCUAAAAGAGCCCCUCACUAUUCCCCUAUACACUAUCCACCGCGGGAGACAUGCGGAGAUCCCAAACGCAACGUCCAUUCUGAACCAGCAAGUCAUCAACGACAUAACCGCCAUCGCAAAGGCUAUCGACACCUUGUCAAAGACCAACUCAACAUACCGCGAUAUCAAGGACCACACGCUUUUCCGACGUAUGUACGGUCUCCGGUCCAAGACAAUGGAGGUCGCCGUCAAUACCUGGACGGAGGAGAGGACAGUGGACGCAUUGCCUUGUCAUUUCUGCGGCACAAUUUUCGCACUCGAGCACAUUUCUGUAGACCACACUCGACCACAGCAAGGGCUCAAGAUGCAGGGCAACUGCGAAGCCAUUGCAAAGGUCUUGCGGGUUUUCGAGAUGACUGAAGGAUAUGGGAAGGGACAGAAGUCUUCCAUGCUUACGGCAGCGAUAAAGACGGCUAAGGAACACAAAGAUGGGCUCCAGGCUGGAAUGUUCAGGUUCCUCGUGGACAAUGAAGGAGCCGCCCUUCCCAUCAGCACUGUCCCGAUCAAGCAUCCCGCAACCAUACCGAGUGUCUUUACUGACGCAACCCUUGACGACCGCUAUACAUUGAACCAGGACGGCCAGAUAUUUUACAGCUUGGUGGUUGCGGCGGGAAUGGAGAAGGCGCUGAAAGAGCGGUGCAUGAACAGUUUGGUCAACCUCCGGCCACUUUGUUUCAAGUGUAAUAGCGGGAGAGGAGCACCGGCACUCUUUUAGUGGUUCACAAUCGAGACAUUCGUUUGUGUCAGGAUUGAAGGAGUGGCAGAGACCGUUUCAUCUGAUAUUUGUCCAUUGAUUUGAGCAUGAGCCAGCCGUUUCAUACUCUUCCUUAGUCUAUUCUAUUAUGGCUAAUACAACUCUGCUUCAGUCCCUUAUUUUU